AUGCAUCAAGCGCUGGAAAUAACAGAAAUCCUUCGAUCCAUCUUUCAGUGGUGUGACAGGAAAUCGAACGCCAAAAAUGCUGUGGUCAACAAAUCCUGGUCGGAAAUCGGUUUAGAUCUAGUUUGGGAAGUGAUCACGGAUAUCAAUGUCAUUUUUGGUCUUCUCGGAGAGAUUUCAAUGUCGAAUUCGACACGCUUCUACUCUCGGAGGCCAACGUUCGCAGAGUGGCGUCGUUUCCAGACCUACUACGCCCAUCGAGUCAAAACACUGGAUCUCACGAAUCUCGAUGAAGCACAACAAUCGAGGAUGACCUCGUUAUUUGAUACCCUUGCGCGACUCCAGUGUUCGACGCCGAUCUUUCCAAAUCUUACAUCCGUAACCUGGCGAGAUAUUGACCUCUCUGGAUAUACUCAUCAUAGCACGAUCUUCAUGCACCCGAAAGUCACCCGAUUCCGUCUGAUUGCCCACCAGACCGGGAACAUUCGGGAAGAUCUACUGAAUGAGUAUUUUCACUCAGUUGCGGAGCGUAUGCCGAACAUAGACAGGUUUCAGGUUGAGAUAUCUCACCAGAGUCAUAAACUUUUCCGGGAACCUUUAAAAGCGGUUUUCAGAGAACUUCAUCGUCUGGAAAAUCUAUCGCUACCUGCGAUGUCUGAUAAUUCCGACAUGAUGGAAAACUUAUCUCUGUAUCACAAACUGCAUAGUCUGAACUUCGUUCGGAUGACUCGAGAGGACGGGGUAGAGAGGAUGACACCUUCCCUCGCCGUCGGCGCCUUUCGGCAUCUUGUUUCUCUGCAGAUACAUACCCCGUAUUCCGUUAUCACUCAUUUCCUUCAAGAGACUCCCAAUUUCGCGGCUAGACUCACGAGUCUUGAUAUCACUUCUACGUUACCCCAAAGCGAGAGCCCCUCUGUUGUCAAAGACCUCCUCGAAGUGAUCGCCAGUCGCUUUGAGAAAUCCUUAACGUCCCUCCACAUACGGAUUGACACGCGAUAUCCUCCGGAUACCUCCUCAUCGCCCUCCAUAUACGAUUUUGUUUCAUUCCAACACAUCGAGGCUAUUUUGCGUUGCUACAAAAUGAGGGAGUUUUUCUUGACGCAUAUUUUACCUCUCUACCUUCGCCCCGAUGAUGUAGAGAAGAUAGCGUCAUCGUGGCCGUUUAUCGUGAAACUCUACCUUUGUGCCGAUCCAAGGACGGAUUUCCCAUCUGAUAUUUCUAUGUCCCAUCUCGGUUUCGACUCCUUGAUUCCGUUUACGAAAAGUUGUCCGUUACUGGAGAAACUCGAGCUUCCUCUUGAUCCUACAUGCAUCCCUCUACAUCUUGAUGAACAUGAACUUCCGGUUGGACCGCUUCGACAUCUUAGGUCGUUUUCUCCCGGGGACGUAGGACUCACACCUCCUGGGGGAUUGGAUGUUAUAGCGAUGGUCAUGUUUCUGAGCCGAGUGUUACCUUCCAGUUGCGAGAUUUCCUUUUAUACUAGUUGGGCGAAUACGUCGGGUACGCCUUUGAUACCUGAGGAGUGGAACAAGAAAUGGACGGACGUUAGGAGGGGACUUGUGUUGGUUGAAGCGAUGAGGGGGAGGAUGAGACGGGAGGCGCUGGAUAUGGUUGAAAGUCUGAUGAAGAAACGCCAGGAAGCGCUAAUGGCCUUCUCUAAUUAA